AUGCUGUGUGGCCACUGCUGUCAGCUCGUCCAGCAGAUCGAACUGGUUAAGCCUGGCGCACAAGUCUUUCGCGAAGCCACCACUGAGGAAUUCGAAGAGUCAUUGAAUCGGAACUGUUACCUUUGCACACGGCUACGAAUACAGCUUGGGGAUGCGAAAUGGAAACACUUGUUUUCACAUCUCUCCCGGCAGAACUCGAUUGCCUUUGACAAGUCCCUGAGUGCAGCUGAUGGCUUCUCUCUCGUCAGAUUGGGAUGCAAACUGACGCCAUUUGAUGGCCACGACCGUGAUGGAACUACAAUAGGUGGGAAGAGUUAUUCCUAUGGCUAUCUGCAGGUGACGAUUGCUCCAUGGGCUCGUAGUUCACCACAUCUUCCGGUCCAAAUCGGUGUCCGAAAUGCAACUUGCACCUCGGACGCAAAAGUUCUUGACCUCGUACGCCACUGGCUUGAGACCUGCCUGUGUUCGUCAUUGCAUACAACAUGUCCUGGGCAAAACAGACAAACCUCGUUCCACCCCACUCGUCUGAUCGAUAUUGGCUCGGGCCACGGGGAUCGUGGUCAUUGGAGAUUGAUGAACCCCAAGGCUGAGAGACUGUCGGCACCAUACAUUACACUGAGCCACCGAUGGGGUAAUGAAACUCUCAAACUCAACCGAGACACCCAGGAGAGUAUGAUUCGAGGUUUGCCGAUCCUAGAUCUGCCAGGUGCCUACCAGAACGCCAUUCGCGUUGCUCGACGUUUGGGCAUUCGCUAUCUCUGGAUAGACUCAAUAUGCAUACGGCAAGAUACUCCUGAGGACAUCCAACAUGAAGCAGAGGGUAUGGCAGAGAUCUUCGGCAACGCCCUAUGCAAUAUUUCGGCUCUAUCGGGGAGACAAGAUGGCCUUUUCUGCUCUCGAAACGAUGAGGUGGUCAGUAGUGACAGCGUGGUUAUACAAUCCCAAGACUAUGGGCUCUCCGGAUCCUACAUCAUCAAUGACCUGCAAUUGUGGAGAGGAGAGCUGGUCCACACACCCCUGACUACCCGUGGGUGGGUACUUCAAGAGGAACUUCUCGCUCCCCGUACUGUGUAUUUUGGCGCUCGGCAGGUUCUCUGGGAUUGCCCUGGCUUUCGAGCUUGUGAGACAUAUCCCACGAUGCAGCCAAAAAGACCCCUGAGUAUGUCUAUGGAUAUUGACAAGCAUUGUUACUUUCUGCACGACGAGGAACUUGGGCCCAUUGCUUCGGUACUCGAAGCUGCACAGUCUAGCAUGGACCAUGCUAGUGUGAGUUCAUCACCUCACGACGAUCGGUCGGUAUUAUUUCAAGUGUGGACGAGUUUGGUGGCUCAUUAUUCCUUGCGCAACCUGACAUUUCCAGAUGACAAACUUUUGGCCAUCGCCGGUAUCUCGAAGCUGUUUGGGAGAAUAAUGAGGGAUAGGUUCCUUGCAGGGCUUUGGCACAACCACUUCCUCGACGGUCUGCUGUGGUAUAUCAGACCCAAGACCAGAACAUAUGCCCCUUUGAGAUAUCGUGCUCCAUCUUGGUCCUGGGCAUCCAAGGACGGCUAUGUCAUGCACGCAGAAGCCGCCAGCAAUUCCUGGUCGGUCGCGAGAACUUUGAGCGUGGAAUGCACCACUGCUGAUGGCAGCGCAUUUGGAGUGGUCACGUCAGCUGUCCUACACCUCCAAGCACCGUGCCUGGAGUUAUGCGUCGAUAGGUCAGGGAAAUGGACCACCUCACAGGCUCCCGGAUUGCUUGUUCGACUUGAUUCCACGGAAGACGUGAGUGCGAGAGGAAAUGCCAUCGGUGCCAUUAUUCGGACGAGUGCCUAUCGAAUCGUCGAUGCAGAGACAGACGCCGCGCGCAAAGUCGUCCUCGCUGUGCACGGAAUCAUUCUCACAGAGUGCGUUGAUUCAGUCACCGGGCACGCAACUGGCACGUUUAGGCGAGUCGGGUACUUUGCAGUCGAAGACCGUAGACGGAGCACACUCGCACCAAACUGGUUACCGCGUGGUUGUAACCUCUUUCGCGAUAUAGGCGGUAGUGCAUCGGCAUCAUCAAUGCAGCAGGAGGAACAGGUGUUUCCUUUCGACGAGCAAAGGCAGUUUCUAAGCGAUUUCAAUGUGGUAUAA